AUGGUUAUCUCAGUCUACAAGCGUCCAGUGUCCCCAGCCAUAGGCGACAAAACCGCUACCAGUAAAAAUGGAAAUAUUAUUGUCAAAAGGCCAAAGCUCGAUGAGCCUAUGUAUCCACUUCCUCCGCUGUUUCGCCAAACACCCAGCCCUGUCAUGGUUAGUCAGUCCUACUUGCAAAAACUAAUUACGGAGCGUUGGGAGGCGGAAUUGAAGAAUUGCGAGCAUGCAAAAAAGUUGCAGCUCUUGGAAAUGGUGCCGGGUCCAGCUCUUACCUUACUGCAAGCAAACUUGCGAAGACUCAUUGUAGAGCACUGGGAGGCAGAAGUGAGGCGCUGUGAGGAGGCCAAACGGGCACAACUGUUCGAGUUAGUGCUUGCCGCCCAUGUAAUCAGUAGAGAAAGCAACCUCGGAAACACUCACCAUAGAGCAAUCUUCGCUGUUCUCGAGUCGUACAACCUCGAUGUCAUCCGUUGGAUCCACAGAUAUCCACCGACCUCGAUGUCAUCCGUUGGAUCCACCGUGACAGGCCUGAAGCGCGCAAACGAAAGUCGUCUCCAAGGGUAG